UCCGGGCCCCGCCCCAGGGCGCUUCUCGCGGGGACAGCGGCGCCCCCGCCCCGCCUCCCCCGGUAGUAGCAGCAGCGACAAUAGGAGCAGGGCCUGCCGCGCCGAGAUGGAUAUGGCAGAAGAAGAUAUUAAUGGAGAUGAAUACCCAGCUGAAAUUCAGGAUUAUCUGUCAGCAUUUGAAAAAUCUCUUGGUUGUGUAGAUGAGAUGCUGAAGACUAUGAUGUCAGUUUCUCGGAGUGAACUUCUUCAGAAGUUGGAUCCUCUUGAACAAGCAAAACUGGAUUUGGUUUCUGCAUACACGUUAAAUUCGAUGUUCUGGGUAUAUCUGGCCACUCAAGGGAUCAAUCCCAAGGACCAUCCAGUGAAACAGGAGCUGGAGAGAAUAAGAACAUAUAUGAACAGGGUUAAAGAACUAACAGACAAGAAAAAAGCAUCCAAACUGGAUAAAGGAGCUGCUGCUAGGUUUGUAAGAAACGCAUUAUGGGAAUCCGCAUCUGAAAAGGAGCCUACAUCCAAAAUUUCCAAUAAGGCAAAAAAGAGAAAAAUGGACUAAUUUUUAUCCUUCUUCUUGUUUUAUUUAUCAGGUAUGGGAUCAACUAGAACAUUAUUUUAAAAAGUGUUUUGGAUAUUUUUGUGGUACAAAAAUAAUGUCUUGUAACAACAGUUUGAUCAAAUAAGCUGUAGUGAGGACCUAUACUGCAUGUAGGGCAGUGCUUUGGCCUGUGGAGCCUGUAUUGGGGUCAAUGUACAUGUAUAGCUGAAUGUGAAAUUUGAUGUUGGCUUAUUAGCUUUAGGCUUAUUUCUCUACAUGAAAAUAAACUAAGUAUUUUUGACAAGUUU